CUAGAAUGUUCAUAUAGGUUGUUUUUACGUUCAUAAAUGGUCAUUUGGUUGAGUUUUGUGUUUGACAUGUUUGAAGAACCAAGAAUCAUAAACCUUGAAUUUGAUGUUAAAAAUAUGUUUUAAUGAUUCUAAAAUGAUCUAUGAACCUGGGAGGACAUUUCUAUAUAAUUUAAUUGAAAUUUGGUGUUUAAAAAUGAUAAUACUCGAAACUGACCAGAGGAAGAAGAUGAUGAACAGUAGCCGAAAAUUGAUUAUUUACUUCUAAAAAAUCGAUUAGAAUUAUGUCCAGAAGAGGAUAUUCGAAAGACAAGAAGAGAUCGACCAAGGAUUGGAAGCCCUGUUUUGUUUUUGUUUCCACGGGGCCCAAAUCUCCUUUCACGGAUUUUGGGCACCCAUCCUUCUGCCGCGUUACACCUCCCAAGCCAAACGCUACACUCCUCUCCAUCACCAGAAAGCUCUACGGCAAGGAAGCCAUCAAGAUCAGGUCAGUGGUGACCAAGGAGUCCCUUGCCGAGCUUGGGUUUGAGUUCAUUAGGGAUGAACUUCGCCACCAGCUUGACUUGUUGAGCGAUCUCCACGGGAGGAGCGCCGACUAUGGUCCCUUUGUUGAGCAGGAGGGAUUAGGAGACGAGAUGGAGGAAGAUCUGCUGCUGGGCCAUCUCGUGGGAGGAAAGAAGAGGAAGAGAGACACAGCCCCCCAGGUGAAGCAGAGGGCCGAGGCUGAGGAGAGGAAGCUGCAGGACGAGGUUGGUCGUCUAACGAGGGAGCUAUUGGAAGAGAAGAAACGCAGCUCUGACCUUGCGGAGGAGUUGUUGGGUGAGAAGAGUCACUCUGCCCGACUGGAGGAGGAGAAAUCCUCGUUGUCCUCCGAAGUGGGAUCCACCUCUGCUCGUGUGGUCGAACUAGAAGGAGAGAAGGUUGAACUGGUUCGCCAGUUGGAAGCUAAGAAGGGCGACCAGGCCCGUUGCUUGGAGGAGGCGAUCGAGGCCUUCAAAGCUUCUCCCGAGUUUGUCGCGGUCUCCAUGGAGCGAAUGGACAAGCUGGUCCUUUAGUGGAUCCUGACCAAGCCCGGGACUGACGGGAUGGUCGGGGAGGCGAAGAAGGCAUUUCGCCGUGGACUCUUCUGGAUGCAGCAGGUCUUCCAUAGCAAGCUAGCUCUGCUCCCCAAAGGGACUUCUCUUCCUAACAUUGGCCUUCCUCCACCUUGUGACACUGUUACCGAGUUCUAUCCCACCCCCCUAUAUGGAGGAAGAGGAUCUAGAUGACUCUGAAUGAGAGGAUAAGAGGACCACCCAGGGCGACCAAGAUGGGCAGGAUGACCAGGAAAUGAGGAUCAGCUCUUCGGCGACUAAGGCGGGAGAGGGUACCGUU